AUGUGUUGCUCUGUCCUUAGAGGAACACAAACUGCAGCCGCAGGAGCGACGGCCGCCGACGAGUGCGUCCCGUGCGAGCCUGGUUUCCACUGCCCAGAGUCCGGAGUCUCCUUGCCGUGCGACGAGGGCUACAUUUGUCUCGAGGGAGCGACGACUGCAGCGCCGGUGGAUGGGAAGACCGGGAAGCAAUGCGACGCAGGCUUCUACUGCCCUCGAGGCUCCUUCAAAAUGCUUCCCUGUCGUCCAGGGACAACGAGCGCGAAAGGCGCCAGCUCUUGCACACCCUGUGAAGCGGGGAAGUUCUGCCCGUGGCCCGGAACGCCUGCUGGAGAUCCAGCAGGCGUCAAGGCGUGUCCGGCUGGCCACGCGUGCCCAGAAGGAAGCGCGCGCCCGCUCCCUUGUCCCGUCGGCACCUUCCAGGCUGACGCAGGUGCGACAGAAUGCACGCCUUGCCCCGAGGGACACUACUGCGGGGAAGGAGGGUUAAGGGCGGCGUCCGGCAAGUGUUUCGUGGGAUUUGUCUGCGGCGGGGCCGCCGGCACUCCGGCGGACUGGGACCAGGUGUUUGGGCUCGACGGAGCCGUCAGCGGUCGGUGCCCCAAGGGGCAUAAGUGCGACACAGCUGGCGCACGACCUGUGGCGUGCGAACCGGGAACGUAUCAGGAUUCGACAACUUCAACUGAGUGCAAACCGUGCCCGCCGGGGAAGUUCUGCAGCGCUGCGGGCCUUCAGGAACCCUCCGGAGACUGCGCAGCUGGCUUUUUCUGCACGGCCGGGUCAAAGACGGCGCGCCCAGGUCCAGGCAACGAGGGCGGCGCCUGUCCUGCAGGCUGGGUGUGCCCCGAGGGAUCAGCCGCGCCGCGCGGAUGCCCGCUCGGCCAGUACACUGAAGAGGAAGGACAACAGGCCUGUCAGGCGUGUCCUGCGGGGAAGUUCUGUUUGAAGGCGGGCGAGGCACCGCAGCCCUGCAAGAGCGGACACGUCUGCGAUGCGGGGAGCGGAGUGGGCAGGCCGUGUCCUGCGGGCUCCUACUUCAAAGCGUCGAACGCGGCGACGACCGCUGGGUCAUGUCUCCCGUGCACCCUCGGCCACUACUGCCGCGCAGGCCAGAUUGCGGGGCCGUGCGCACCUGGCUUUCUCUGCGGUCUCGGGAACUGGCUGCCAAAUCCGAAUGCCGACUACAUGCCGCCGUCACCGUUCAUCCCAUCGUCUGAGUCCCACUCCGCGGUCCUGCUCACUUUGGAGAACUGGCGAAACCUGGCGGCAGGGGUCUCUCUCUAUGGAGGGAUUCCGUGUCCUCCUGGGCACUACUGCGUGGCGGGAGCGACGACCCCCGCGGCUUGCGGCGCCAACACAGCGAGGCUCGAGACUGGAGGACGGUGGAAAAACGAUUGCAGCCUUUGCCCGGCCGGGUACUUUUGCAAAGACAACGACCCAGUCCCCUACCCAUGUCCGCGCGGCUUCUACUGCCCGUUCGCUUCGCGGGAACCCUCGCCCUGUCCCGAGGGCACUCUCGGCUCCAGAGAGAAAGCGGAGAGCCUCGGAGACUGUGUCAGCUGUCCGUCUGGGUUCCACUGUCCCGCUGGGACCUCGGAUCUUGCUGACGACGGUCUCCUCUGCUCUGCGGGCUACUAUUGCCCGGAAGGGACGAAGGAACCCGUCCCGUGCAUCCCUGGAACGUACAACGCCUUCACGGGCGGUGCGUCUGCGGAAAGCUGCCUACCCUGCCCCGCUGGAUUCUUUUGCAGUUCCGAAGGCACGGCUCGACCGACGAGUAUCUGUCCCGCUGGGUACUACUGCCCCGCGGGUUCCAUGUCUCCCGUGAUCUGUCCCCCGUCAAGUUUCUGUCCCCUUCAGUCGAGUGCGCCCAAGGCGUGUGCGGCUGCGGGCUUCUACUGCCCCCUGGGGGCGCCGAGCCCAGAGCCCUGUCCCUCUGGAGCCUUGUGCGUGGCGGGGGCGAGGGAACCCACCCUGUGCCCGAAGGGGACGUUCUUGCCGCCUCCGGCGGUGGGCACCGUCGGCGGCUCUGAGGCACAAUGCGUCAUCUGUCCUGCUGGCUCCUUCGCGGACGCCGCGGGCUCGACGGGCUGCUCGAUCUGCUCAGCAGGCUUCCUGUGUUAUGAAGGAUGCAUCUCUAGCGAACCUGAGUCCAAGGAGACCGACAAAGGCCAGCUCUGCCCGCUGGGGCACUUCUGUCUCCCUGGAGCCCUCGAAGCGUCGCCGUGCCCCGCCGGGUCAGCCGGAAUGAGACGAGGACUGAAAGCGGAAGAGGACUGCACGCUCUGCCCGGCUGGGACGUUCAACGAGCUGUCUGGACAGUCGACGUGCUCGAUGUGCGGGGCAAGCGCAACAAGCGUUCCUGGGUCUCUCACGUGCAACUGCAAGGGGGAGAACCGGAUGUUUCAGCCGAGCGACAAGUCUUGUGUGUGUAAACCUGGGUUCAUCUUUUUGAAGAACGGGGUGGAUAUGGCCUCCGAAGAUGGCGACGGAAACUGCUACCAGGUUGUUCACGAGCGCUGCGGAACCGGACAGUCGCGAGACGCCUCAGGGGACUGCGUGGAUCCCUCGACUGCCUGCGUCGACGAAUGCGGGGAAGGCGGAGGGGAGUUCAAUGAAGUGUCUGGCCUCUGCAUGUGUUUCACCACCCCGUCCCAGAUCUCAGAGUGCGGCCUUGCCUGUCAGCGGCAGGCAACGCGCAUGCUCUUGGCAGAUGACACGUUCGUAUUUGAAGAGACGCUGAGUUCUGGAGACAUCCAGACGGUCGCAGAAAUCUCGCUUGCGUCGCUCCGGCCCGAUCGCCUCGCUGGAACGCCCGCAUGCACCGCCGGCGAGCGAUGCAUCCUCCAACUCCAAGAUUUGACCACAGGGUACAUGGCGAGUCUGUUUGGGGCUCCGUCAGCACUGAUUGCGGAGCUGCAAAAUCUCGCGCGCGGCCUCGCACCCCACGCGCGUCGCCGCGCCACCAUACAGGCCAGCGAGACCUUGCUUGGGGUCCCCUGGCCUGUCCAGUGUCUCCCUGUGGGGACAACGGUGGUAUGGAGACUCGGGAAAAACAACUAUCCUGUGUAUGUCAAAGACAGCCUGGUGAACACCAACCGGGAAUUUGACUAUGGCAGUUUCAGGCAACUCGAGUGGGAGGUCCAAGCUGGGGUUGACUACGUCCUCUUUGCGUACACCUUUAACGAGCCGGGCGUGUACGUGUUUGCGUCGAGCUUGAAUCCAAAGCAGUAUUCGAUUCUUCGCUUCCUCGAUGAGAAGUUGAAGUGCAGAGACAGCGCCACAGUGCCUCGGCGGCGCACCCGCGAAAGCCUCGCCGCUGUCGGCAUUCGCCUGAAUCCCGACAUCUACGAAGUCGCCGACUGGGGCUCGAUGUUAAGGCUCGUCAUAGCGGCGGUGGUCCUUAUCGGCCUACUGCUGGUCUGGGGUUGGGUUCUGAACGUCCAAGACCUCGAUUUCGACGUUGAAGACGUAACGGCGCUGCCUUACAGAAGGCGCCAUCUCCUCUUCCAGGUUCCCGGUGUCCUCCGCCCAGAGAAAGCCUCGCUUGGGUUCGAGGCCCAAGAGGCGCACAAAGAGAGAGCGCGAGAGGGGGCGCUUCAGCUGCUGCAGGGAGUCGACCCCCGAAUUGUGGCAGGGAGCCUGGAGCUGAUUUCAAAGACAUCGGAAUACGUGGCAGAGAUCGCGCAGACGUUGAGGGAGAAACGCGCAGAAAAGGAAAGGGAACUCCACAGACUCAUGCAGGAAAUGAGCAAAGCAAUCGCGGACGAGUUCAGAGACUUCUUCUCAAAGCAGGCAUGGAUGGCAUCAGAUGCGCAGAAUCGGGACUGCGUGGAGCAAAUUUUGAAGUAUCUCCGCAUGCCGAGAAGACUGCUCGUUCAGGAGAUGGCCAGAGCCCAAGAAACUCGCGAGGCCGAAUCCGAGCUUCUCGACGCCAGCGAAUCCAAGAGCGUCGAGAUUAUGCGACGACGAAGCACAGUCCUGGGGAUCUGCGAAGAAGCUCCGGAGCACGUCCUCGACCUUCGAGCGAAGGUGAGGCUGACGGGGACGCCCUCUUCUUCGUUUCUUCCGUCUGCUCGCGAAACAUUUGUGGUUCCCCAUGCGCGCAGAGAUCUGGCUUGCGCAGCAGAGGUGGGCGCAGGUGGCGUUGUGCCGCGUAUUCCCUCUGUCUACCGGCCCCAGGUGGGAAGUUUCUUAGGCCAGUUCCUCCACGAGAGCCUUCAAGACGCGAGCGAGAUGCUCUGCACGCUCGGUACUGCUCUCGGGCAGCAGCGUCAAUCAGAAGCCAGCAGCAUUCAAACAUUUUUGCGGGCCCGAGACAGCGCUCUGGUCUCAGCCGAGAACGACAUUAUCUCCUGUCACGGGGCACUCCAAGGGGCCGUCCGACGUGGGGAGAAAACGGCCGACGUCGCCUGCGAUAGUCUGGACAAGAUGCUGCUGGCAUCCGUGAAGGAGGUGAACGCAAGAUUUGUCGCUGCGUCGGCGAGCGACCAGGAAGCUCACGAGGCAGCCAUGCAGGCGACGGCUUCGCUGCUUCGCGACUGGGUUCAGCGGCAGGCGAUGGAAAUCGAAGAAAAGGCGAAGAACGCGCGGACCGAUGUCGUUCACUACCUGUCUACGGUCCACGAAAGGGAAGAGAGAAGUUUGAAAGAGAUGAUGGAGGCCAAGCAAGCAACUCUGCUGGCUGCGCUUGCGGAGAGGCAAGACGCCGAGGUGAAGGCUACAGAAGAGAGGCUCCGGUGGGACUACGAGAGAGAGACAGGACCAAUUGCUGAGGGCGCGACCAACGGCGGGGCCCUGCGCGAGUUGAUGGAACUGGCUGAAGAGUCGGUGGAUCCCGAUUUCUCGAAAUCCGUCGCAAGCUUUGGUCGCGUGCUCAGGGAAAGUAUGGGUGGGGGCGCUAAGGUCUCGAACGCCGAAACGGAGGCUGCCUUCGUGCGCUCACGCCAGCUGAUCCAACGGAAGGUUCGUGAGCUCAUCGAGGCGGCGGAGGCAAAGUUGACCGUCAAGGACGAACGCGAAUACGAUGCACUGAAGGACAAGUACAAGACUGGGUUGAAGAACUGUCUCAGUGCAGGAGACGCAGGCUUCAACCGAGUGAAAUCUGAUCUUGAAAGGGCUGAAGAUGCGGAAGUAGACGCCGAGCGAAGGCUCGAAACUUUCAUCCAAGAGCAGCUGGUCCUCGAGGAGCAAGCGAGGCUUCAGCGCGGAGUCGACGAAGAUAUGAGGCGGUUUGAACGGGCCAUCGUGCGUGCUGAAUGCCAUAAGGAGGCUGAAAAAAGGCGACUAACGGAGAUGUACCUGAUUCGACGCCUGACAUUCAUAACGUCUGAGCUCUGGGCGAGUCUGCGCGUGUACAGACAGUUGGAGGCCCAAGGGGCGUCUCUUUCCGAGAACGCGUUCCCGUGUCUCCGAGUUGGCCAUUCUUUGAAAGAUCGUGUUUCUGCAAUCAGAACCUGGCAAGACGAGCGCACCGCGCUCGAGGACGACCUCAGGAAAAGGAUUCAGAGUUCGAAGCAACAAGCAGAGGAGACGCGGAGAUCGCAUGAAGCCAGUCUCAUUGUUGUCCUCGCAAACGAGGUUGAACGCGUGCAGGAGGACGCGAAGGCAGAGGACGAGGAAGAUGCGUUUUCGGUUAAAAUGAAGAGCACCGCCGUGCCGUUGCCUCUGAGAACCGCAGCAGAGCUGGGAUUUACAAAGGAACCGACUGAAUUGGAAAUCGAGGCUCGAAGGCUCCGAGAAAAGUUGAAGGCUGCAGCCUAUAGCGCCCUCGAGGACAAGGACCGUCUCAUCGGUGUUAUCCGGACACAGCUGAACGAGAUCGAAGCACGCCUGGAUGAAGAGAGGAAGGCUCAGCAGGAUGCGUGGAGGCAGAGACUCGAAGGAAGGGAGGACGGUCUACAGGCGGAAGACGGGCGUGAGGCGAUACGAGCUCGACAUCUUGAAGAGCUGGAAGCGUACCAGCAACUCCGGAACGAAGAAUUGGCCUUUGCGCUGUAUCAAGCGAAAGCGGACUACAUGCACAACCACCCUCGAGACGAGGCGGCUACUGAAGAAGUUCAGCGACGCUAUUGGGAAGGGCUGCAGGAGGAGCUCGACGGUGUGCGCCAAGAGCUCCAGGAGAAGCACGAGUUCACGCUGGCAAAAUUGAAGGAGAGGCACGCCGCCGAGCUCGGCCAAGCCCUUGGAGAGCUUGCCUCUGAGACGCAGCAAGAAGGCGUGACAUCGGAAGACGAAAGGCGAGAGAACGUGCAACAGGAAAGCGGAGCUGAAGCGGUGAGAUGGCGCGUGUCUCACUUGCAGUGA